CUUACAAAGUCAUUCUCCAGGCUUGCCCCUUUAUGCCAUGUGUGGGCCCGCCGAUUUGGUUCCUGCCAGGCACUUAAGAUUACAUGGAUGAGCCACCCAAAGAUGGGUGGAGUUUGGGCCUUACAGAAUGAAUAGCCAGUGUUGCUGUACUCCUGCUAGGAGGCUUAGUUGGGCGGGACUUGGACUUUCCGCAGAGAUGUGGGAAGUUUUGCGCAUGCGCUUGGUAGCUGGAUGUGCGCGUGCGUCCUGACAUUUCCCAGCAUUCCGGGAGAGGGUGGGUUAUGUGACGUCAGGCCGUUUAGCCGGAAACGGCGGCGGCAGCAGAGGGGUUGUCGUUGGUUGAGUCUCUAGGCUUCGGAAAGAAAGGGGCGUGACCCGGAAGCGGAAGCCCAUCGUUCUCUCUACUCCGCUAGGUCUAAAGUCUGUCCCAGGCCUGCUUGUGAAGUCCCAGGAUCAUGGACCUGUUGUUUGGGCGCCGGAAGACUCCAGAGGAACUGCUUCGACAAAAUCAGAGGGCUCUGAACCGAGCCAUGAGGGAGCUGGACAGGGAGCGGCAGAAGCUAGAAACCCAGGAAAAGAAAAUUAUUGCAGACAUCAAAAAGAUGGCAAAGCAAGGCCAGAUGGAUGCUGUUCGGAUCAUGGCAAAAGACCUGGUGCGUACACGGCGCUAUGUGCGCAAGUUUGUAUUGAUGCGUGCCAACAUCCAGGCUGUGUCCCUCAAGAUACAGACUCUAAAAUCCAACAACUCAAUGGCACAAGCCAUGAAGGGCGUUACUAAGGCUAUGGGCACCAUGAACAGACAGCUUAAACUACCCCAGAUUCAGAAGAUCAUGAUGGAGUUUGAACGGCAAGCAGAGAUCAUGGACAUGAAGGAAGAAAUGAUGAAUGAUGCCAUUGAUGAUGCAAUGGGUGAUGAGGAAGAUGAAGAGGAGAGUGAUGCUGUUGUGUCCCAGGUGCUGGAUGAGCUCGGACUGAGCCUCACAGAUGAGCUGUCAAACCUUCCAUCCACCGGUGGCUCACUCAGUGUGGCUGCUGGUGGAAAGAAAGCAGAGGCCACAGCCUCAGCCCUAGCUGAUGCAGAUGCAGACCUGGAAGAGAGGCUCAAGAACCUUCGCAGGGACUGAACAACUCCUCUCCUGGACUCUUCACCCUGUCCCCUCUGUAAUAAAGAAACUUGGACACAAA